CAUGAAAUGUCCGAAUGCAACCACAAGGCUGCCACCGCUGAGGCACUCAGCCUUCACGGUAUGGAUGAAAACGAUAAAGCAGCAAAAGAUAACGAAGAAGAGGAAGAUGAACUGCAUGGUAAAAGCAGGAGCAGCCUUGUUUCCGAGAACCGUCCAAAAGGCAGUGAUGUAAACAGCGUGCCAACGACGAAACAGCCCACUGCAAAGCAAACCGAGCCGUUUGACUGCUCCGACAGUGAAAUGAAUUCGAAGGAAUUGUCAGUCAGCGCGUCACCUGACAAAAAAUUAGUGCCUAACAAACACAUCGAACAUGCCAGUACCAUGUCCUCCUUGGACUCAUCUGCACUGGACGAUGAGAAAGAAUUGUUUGCUGAUGAUGAGCGGGCUGAACAAAAGAAAUGUCUCUGGUGGAAGCUGCUUGAAGAUUUGCAGUUAAAUAGAAUGUUACUUUAUAAUAUGUUAUCAUCGUGGAAUGGCGUGCUUGAGGAAGCAUCAGUUGCAAGAGCCUACUGUGACCAGUUGAUAUCAACUUUAUCAUCGCACGAGAAGCAGGUUCCUCCGGAAAAAGAUUUACUCAUGGAUGAUCGAAAGAAAAAUGAAACACAUAUUGACUUACAGAAUGGUCUGUACAAAAAAAAUGGAAAAUUUAUUAUGAAGAAUCCGUUUGUGGAACGAUGGGGGAAGAAAGAUGAUUAUGCAUCACCAAAACAUGAGCAGAAUAGUAGCCACGUUCCUAAAUCAUGGAACACGACUUCACGAGUUGCUCGUUCGGAUGAGGAAAACUGGUCUUCAGCGAGCUUUUCAUCAGCUGAUCAAAAUAUGGUGAGCGCACUGUUCACCGCAACCAGUUCGGACGCCGUGGAAGCAGUAGGAAAAGAACCCAGCACACAGGACUGGUCCACGCCAGAAACCGAAACAAUUUGGAACGAUAAUGCCAUGUGCGAGAGACGAAACAAACAAAGCCACUUUUCCAAAGGACGAAAGCACAUUAGCUCCGCACUGUUCCCCAACGAUUUCCGAGGUAUGCAGAAGGAGCGCAUAUGGAAGUGCCUGGUGCAGGAGCAAAACUUUGAUAACGAAAUCCUCUAUAACCUUUUAUUAUUGUGGGACAAAAGCAUCCUUAGCAGCGAAAGUGUUAUUGAAGCAUAUCGUCGAUCUCUGAAAGAACUGAACAUUUCAAACGAUGCUCUGAUGUCGAUUCUGAUGAACGUUGAAGGUCUAAACAUGGCCCUCGACUGUGUUUGA